AUGAGCAUAGAAAUCAAGGAAGCUUUAGGGGUUCCUGAAAUUUUGCACUACGAUAAAUAUUUGGGUUUGCCAUCACUUAUGGGAAAACACAAAAAGGUAUGGGCUGAAGACCCUCAAUGGAGUUUGAGAGAACAAAUGACCUUCCAAGACUUCCCUCAACUGCUCCUCCAUGUCUUUGAGUUGGGUUGCAACGUUGAGCUAUUUGUUGUUCAACUAAAGAAAACAGCAGCAGCACCUUCGGUCAGACCUCGUGUAAGGUGGUUACCACCAUCGCUAGAUUGGUACAAAGCUAAUAUUGAUGCGGCAAUUUUUCAGGAUGAUGGUAGAGCAGGUAUAGGUGUGAUAAUCCAUGACAGCCGAGGUUUGUUUAUGGUAUCUUUAACACAGAAUGUUCAGCUUUCUAUUUUAGUUGUGGAGAUGGAGGCUCUGGCAGCCACUCGAGCCAUUGCUCUAGAACUGGGUUAUGAUAGGAUUAUCUUCGAAGGCGACCCUGACACUAUUAUGAGAGCCUUAACGAAUCAGUCACCUCCCUUUGGCUUGCUAAUUAGGGAGGCCCAAGCUUGUGCAAAUUGGCUUAAUUGGGUUAAGUUUCAACAUUUUGGUAGAGACGGUAACAAUGUAGCUCAUAACCUUGCUAGACAUAGACGUCAUGUCACAUGUUUUUCUAUUUGA